AUGGAUGAUCCAACUGUUAAUUGGGAUCAAGCAAUAUAUGAAGAAAUUAAAGAUAAGCUUUCAUCUGAUUUUAAAAAUUGUGGAUUUAAACCUGGUGAAGAUACAGUAUUUAUACCUUGUAGUGGAAUGAGUGGAGCUUUUCUUAAAGAACAUCCUGGAGAACAAUUUGUACCUUGGUAUAAAGGACCAACAUUUAUUGAAUAUUUAGACAGCUUACCAUCAUUUAAUCGAAGAAGUGUUGAUGGUCCUCUUCGAAUACCAAUUGUUCAUAGUUAUAUAAAAAUGGGUGUAAUUGUAAUGAGAAAAAUCGAAUCUGGAUGUUGUCGAGUAGGUGAUAAAUGUAUAAUAAUGCCAAAUCGAACUCAAGUUGAAGUAACAAAUAUUUAUUAUGAUGAAGAUAUUGAAAGAGAUUCAUGUGUUUGUGAAGAAAAUGUUCGAUUAAAAUUGAAGAAUGUUGAAGAAGAAAAAAUCUCACCUGGAUUCAUGAUUUGUGAUGCUGAACAAGAACCAUGUGGUGUUGGAAGAGUAUUUGAUGCACAAAUAAUGUUAACUAAUUAUUAUCCUAUCAUCUGUUCUGGUUUUUGUGCUCUUCUUUAUAUUAAUGAAGCUAUUUUUGACGUUCAAUUGCAAAAACUAAUUUUAAUACGUGAUCAAUAUACAAAUAAAAUAAUUCAAGAACGUCCACGUUAUAUUAAACAAGAUCAGGUUGCAAUUGCAAGAUUUGAAUUAACUCAAUCAGGUCAAACUAGGGGUGUCAGCUUCGGGUUCCGUUCCUAG